AUGCCAUUGCCAUUGCCGCCGCGCACCCCUACGCCGCCCCCUGAAGAAGACACUACGCAACCUGUUGGCCUUGGACUUGAGGGCGAGCUGUCGCCUGGGAAACUGGGAUUCGGCACGAAUACGCUCUCUCCUAUGUCUGCAACAUUCCCUUCCAGGCAGUAUGCGACUCUCGCGCCAAACGAUUCUAUAUCCCAGAGGCCAUCGCCUAGCACCAUCUACACGCCUGCAAGCGCAACCUUUCCGUAUACCCCAGCAAGUGCUGCCAGCGGGACAAAUGAUACAGAUGCGCUUUCAUUGAACGGGUCAGAGAACGGUCGCAACCCGUUCAACUUCCAGCCUGUCCCCUACCAGCCUGAGCGGACGCAAGCUAAACAAAAUGACAUUGGCCGUAGACGAGGACACAAGUACAAACACAGUAGCGUUUCCCACCAGAUCUUUCUCGAACCUGCGCCGCGCGCUCCGCUCCAGCUCCCUGCUUCGCUUCCUGUUCCCACCUUCAAGGAGUAUCGAUCGUCCAUGUCCAAGGAUCAAAAGCUACGACUAGCAUGGUGCUUCUGCCAUCUGGUAGUGGCAGGUCUUGUACAAUGGGGCGCACACGAAUCUUUGGCGCUUACUGUGCUUUCUCGCCUGAUAUUCUACGAUGCGCUUGGAGCAUUCCUGUGCAUAGCAGUGGACAUUGGUUCUAACUUUGAACUUUGGAAGCGAUCGAGUAUACGCCAUCCCUUCGGGUUCGAGCGCUUGGAAGUCAUCGCGGGACUAGGAAUGUCCGUUGGACUUUUGUUCAUGGGGUUGGAUCUUAUAUCUCACGGUUUAACACAUGCGCUGGAGAACACAGGUGGACACCAAGCGCAUCACGCGGACGCUCACGAGCGAGUAUCGCCAGGCAGCAUUGAUCUUGCUGCCCUGAGUGGGAUUGUUUCAACCCUUGUCUCAGCGAUCUUGCUCAAGAAUCACGCUCGCAUUGGCAAGGUGAUGAGACUGGGGGCAAUUGCCAAUCUGCCUUCGGUGUUGAGCAAUCCUUCUCAUUUCCUUACCCUGUCUUGCUCGACGCUGCUUUUACUUCUGCCACUUCUCAGUAUUCAGAUGUAUGUCUGGCUGGAUCGCACUCUGUCCUUUUCGGUUGCGUUUGCUAUGGUGGCGCUAGGCUGGAUCCAAGGAUGGACAUUGGGAAAGAUGCUGCUAAUGUCCUACUCUGGUCCCGGGGUGUCGGAUGUCAUGUACGACAUCGAGACGGACCCGUCGAUUAGUGUAGUGGAGGAAGCCAAGUUCUGGCAAGUUCACUAUGGACUGUGCCAGGCCAACCUGAAGCUGCGGGUGCGCAAUUUGGAGGACAUAGGACGCCUUCGCGAUCGCAUUGGCAGCAUGGUGCGGAAUCGCUUGGGCGGGGGAUACGGCAGUGGAGGACAGAAGUGGGAGGUUUCUACGCAAAUCACGCUUGAGAAGGACUGA